AUGAUAUUUAAACCUGAAAGCAAAAUCAAAGAGUUAAAAAAGAGUAGGAAAGAUAUUGAUGCUGAAAAUAUUAAGCAUGAUAUUGAUAUUUAUGAGUUUAAAAAGUUAAAGCCAAACGAAAUAAAAAAAUUGAAUAGUGAACAACUUAACGAAUAUUUGAGAAGAAAACUGAAAGACACUAAAAAUAUUAAUAAACAUGUAAAUACUAUUACAGUUAAUCAAGAAGUUGGUGGUUCAAAUUUUCUUGAUCUGACGCGAGAUGAUCUUUUAAGUAUUAAAAUACCUCUUAGACCAAUCAAAGAUAUCGAAAAAGUAAUUAAUAAAAUUAAAAGAGAACAAUCUGAUACUAGUGAUAUAAGCAAUUUAAAAAGUUCAAUUGAAUACAUUAAGGAUAAAUUAAAAGAUAUAUAUGAAUUGAUAGCACGUUAUUAA